AUGGCCAAACUGGUGAAUUUUUUAACUAUUCUACUGUUCGUCAUCUUUGUCAGCUGCCAAGAUGAAGCACCUCGAAUUGACUGUCAUCCGGAACCCGGUGCCUCAAAAGAACGGUGUACGGCAAGAGGUUGCCGUUGGAGUGAAUCAAAUAUUACUGGUGCUCCAUACUGUGUACUGCCGACUACCACUGGGUACUCGGUACAAACUUCGAGUGACACAACAUAUUUGCUAAUUAAAAUAGUCAGUCCCGAAAACCCAAAAAAUCCGUUUGGUGAUGACAUAACACCACUGUCUUUUGAAGUUAAAAAAUAUGGAUCAAUUUUGAACAUACGAAUAACUGAUCCAAACAACAAACGGUUUGCCCAACCUUUUUUUUUCGUAAACUCAGUAUUCCCGUCAACUUUUAACAUUUUAAACUACGAACCACCAAUUGAUCUGCCUAGAGAAACAGCAAGUUCUUCGGAAAAUUUAGAAUUCAAAGCAACUACCGAUAAAUCACUCUUCACAUUUAAAAUUCAACGUAGAACUGGUGUGGCAAUUUGGGACACUAGCAUCGGUGGUCUUUUGUUCGCAGAUCAGUAUAUUCAGAUCGCCACUUUGCUACCAUCAGACAGAAUUGCAGGAUUUGGCGAACACGUUCAUAGGCACUUGAUGCAUGAUCUUACUCGGUACACGACCUGGCCAAUGUUUGCUCGAGACGACGGACCAGAUUCUCAACAAGAAUUAAAUACGAAAAAUUAUUAUGGUGUUCAUCCAUUUUAUUUGUGCGUCGAAGAAGGUGGUAAAGCACAUGGAGUAGUUUUUAUCAAUAGUAAUGCCCAGGAAGUAACGCUCGGCCCUAAAUCACUGGUUUAUCGUACUAUUGGAGGUAUAUUAGACAUAGCCUUCUUUCCUGGACCAACUCCUGAUGACGUCAUUUCUCAAUAUUUGGGCUUCAUUGGAAGACCAAAACUGCAAGCCUACUGGGCUUUAGGUUAUCAGCUCAGCCGUUGGGGAUAUGAGAGCUUAAGUGACAUGCAACAAGCAGUCAACAGAACGCAGCAAGCAGAUAUUCCACUGGAUAUUAUUUACGCAGAUAUUGACUAUAUGAACGGAUACAGAGAUUUCAGUGAGAAUCCCAAAUGGGUAGGUUUUGACGAUUACGUGAAACAGAAACGUGCUGAAGGUUUGCAUACAAUACUGAUAUUUGACCCGGCGAUUGAAGUUGACUAUGACAGUUUUAAUCGGUCUGAAUCUCAGGGGGUUAGUUACAUCGAAUGGCCGGAUCACAAGUAUGUGCCAGAUAGAGUUGAAGCGAAUUAUUCGAUGUUAAUAGACAAGAAUGUUAUGCUUGGAAACGUGUGGCCAUCAAGGAAUACAGCUAUGCCAGACUUUUUAGAUCCAAAGAAUAAUACAGUAAAUUGGUGGAAAAGCGAAUUUGUCAAGUUUCACGAAAAAGUAUUUUUUCUUCAUCUGUCUUGCAGUGUCCUUAAGACUGUUGCUGAGAUAUCGGUUACUCUAGAAAUCACUAGUCGAUGCCCACUUGACGGGAUAUGGAUUGACAUGAACGAACCUUCCAACUUUGACACUGGCGUUUACAAUGCGAGUGGUGGUGAAAAACCGCCAGAAAACUUUAAACUAUCGUGCCCUGUUGGUCAGGGUUUUACCCUGGACGAUCCCCCAUACCCCACUCAGGCAGUUUUCCUUCGCGGCAAUAAGGAGUACCUUUCAGCGAAAACUUUGUGCAUGAUUGGCAAAACCGGAAGGAAUUCGUACAACUUUUACGACACUAAGAACUUGUAUGGCUGGUCUGAAAUGAAAGCCACUGCUGUGGCAUUAAAUGCUAUAGAUUCGGGAAAACGUGGAGCUGUAAUUUCAAGGUCAACUUUUAUUUCUUCUGGAAGGUAUGGUGGUCAUUGGCUUGGGGAUAAUACCGCAACUUGGAACGACCUACGUUCUGCAAUAAUAGGAACUAUGGAGUUUAAUAUGUUUGGCAUACCAUAUGUGGGAUCUGAUAUUUGUGGCUUCAAUGGUAAUACAACAGAAGAGCUGUGUCUUCGAUGGCACCAAGUCGGUGCAUUCCAUCCAUUUUCAAGAAAUCAUAAUACAAAAGGAGCACGACCUCAAGAUCCAGCUUUGUGGUCAUCAGUUGGAAGAGCAGCAAGAGAAGCACUCAAAUUGAGAUAUCGUUUGCUUCCACAUUUGUACAGCCUAAUGUACAAUGCACACCUUUACGGAAAAAUGGUCAUUCGACCGCUUUUCUUUUCAUAUCCCACUGAUGAAGCUGCUAUGGAGUUUGAUAACCAGUUUAUGUGGGGUGAUUCAAUCAUGUUUGCUCCUAUUAUAACAGAGGUUACUGACAAUUCUAUCAAAAUUUAUCUUCAAAAAAAGUUAUUUUUCGUUCUACGUUAUUAUUCAUUUCAGAAGACAGACACUCGAUUAGCCUAUUUCCCGUCAGGUUUUUGGUAUAGCAUUCGUUCAAACGAUUAUGGUCAAUUAUUCGCUGGCUCAGUAAAAGGAAUGAUGAGAAGGGUGCAUGGACCGAAAGACUGGAAUACUCCAGUGUACCUAUUAGGUACUAUAAUUUUAAGUGACUUGCGGCACAAAGAUGAUAUUAAUAAUUGUUGUGAAGAAAAAAUAAUAACUUAUUCAAUAGAAAGGGAAUUAUUUUAUAUUGAAGGCGGCAAAAUCGUGCCCACACAAAUUCCGUCGAAGACGACGAAUGAAACCAGGAAAAACCCAUUUGGCUUAAUUAUAGCUUUGGGUAGGUACUGUUUCUAA